UGGUCUCGAACUUCUGAGCUCAGGCCAUCCACCCUCCUAGGCCUCCCAAAGUGCUAGGAUUACAGGUGUGAGCCACAGCUGCCGACCAUCUCCUGAAUAGACUAUAAAUACCUGAAGGUCAGGGAUUAUUCAAUACAUAUAUAUUGAAUACUUAAUACGUGUUGGACCCAUUGCUAGGGUUUUAUGUAUAUAUUUGAGAGCUCCACAUCCCUAGGUCUGAAUCCUCUACUUCCCACUGGAACCAUGCCCCCUCCCAGACCCAGUAAGUAAGAGGGAAGAUCGGGAGGGCCAAAUCCUACAGCAGGGUCUAUCUCAGGGAGGGAAGGGACCUGGUUGGGGGGAGGGGGAUUCUGAGGAGUGAAACCACUUCCUGUGUAGCUAGUUCCUGUGUUGACAGAAAGAGCAGAAGAGGAGGUGGGGUGGAGGGAGCAGAGUCAGGGAUUAGGGGGCUACUGAGGCUCUGGAGAUGAGACUGCCAGGAGUCCUUCCCCACCAUCAGCCCCCUCCACUCCUGCAGCUGGAGGAGUUUUUCCCAGUCUCUGUGCUCCCCUGGGGUGAGAGAGACUGAACAAGCUGUUUGGGUGGGAAAAGAGAAUGGAGGAAGUUGACAGGGAUGGGCGGGGCCCGUGGGGGGGCUGACCAGGAACCCAGCUUCCUGCUCAGUACCCAGGCAUCCAGCCCCCAGCUCACCCCCACCCCUUCCAGCCCCCACUCCCCUCAGGAACCCAAGGUUCCGGCCCUCCUCCCAAAUCCCAGCCACCCCUCCCCCACCAGUUUCUCCCCUCCAGGGGAUGGAGGCUGAGAGACCCCAGGAAGAAGAGGAUGGUGAGCAGGGCCCCCCUCAGGAUGAGCAAGGCUGGCCCCCUCCAAACUCCACCACUCGGCCUUGGCGAUCUGCUCCUCCGUCCCCUCCUCCUCCAGGGACCCGCCACACAGCACUAGGACCCCGCUCGGCCUCCCUGCUCUCCCUGCAGACUGAGCUCCUUCUGGACCUGGUGGCUGAAGCCCAGUCCCGCCGCCUAGAGGAGCAGAGGGCCACCUUCUUCACCCCACAAAACCCCCCAAGCCGAGCCCCUGCCCCACUCCGUCCUCUCGAGGACAGAGAACAGCUUUACAGCACCAUCCUCAGUCACCAGUGCCAGCGGAUGGAAGCCCAGCGGUCAGAGCCUCCCCUCCCUCCAGGGGGGCAGGAGCUCCUGGAGUUGCUGCUGAGAGUUCAGGGUGGGGGUCGAAUGGAGGAGCAAAGGUCCCGGCCCCCCACACACACCUGCUGAGACUUGAGCCCCCAGCCAGCCCUUCCUCGCCCCUGGUCUGAAAGCUGGGCAGCCUAUUGCAUGCCCUCAACUCUUGCUUGGCGGGGGUAACAGAGACUGAAAGACGCAGCGCAAAUCUCAAUAUUCAUCGCCCACAUCACCUUCCCUGGGAACUGGAUGGGGUGAAAGGCCUCAAACUCUGGGAACAGGCGAGGUGGAACGUGGAUUUAACUCCCCCCCGCACAGGUCCAUGGGAGCUUGAGGCAGUAAGGGGGAUCCCAGGCACCCAUCUCAAUGAGUGGCUGGGAGUCUUUUCCCUAACUUGUGGGGACACCACCAAUUGUCGAGCUACUAGGCACUAGGGUCUGAGGGCUCAGGCCUCCUCCUGAGAGGUUAUAACCUGAGAGACAGCUCUACCCUUCCUCCCAGUAAGAAGGGAAGGUGGGUGGGCACCUGAGAGAUUAAGACUAUUCUCCCAGUCCCACUACCAGCACCCCCAUCCCUGAGACUGAGGGGUUUAGAGGCUGUGAAUGGACCUUCAGCCCUGCCCACCCUCCCUCCCCACUGCUGCUGAGUCUGUCCGAUGUUUUGGUUGUGUGAAUAAAUGUAAUACCCCUCUGGA